GGGAUUUCCUGUAACAUUUGACUUGGAAAGUCAGGUUCUUCCUUGCAUACUAAUUAUCAGAAUAAACCAUAACACGUACCAUUUUCAAAAGAAUGUUUUUUUUUGGGUAGUGUCACUUCGUUCUUCUGUCCUUUCGUUAAGGGAUGGGCUACUGGCCCCGAUAAUAACCCAUUGUCAUACCAUCUUGAAACAGUCUAAGCGUGUUUUUUGGGGAGAUCGUCUCCCCCUUUCCCCUUCAAUUUCGGUUUCUUUUUUCCGUCAGUUACUUUGCCGAUGACUUAAAUGUGGAAGGCGUGAUUCGUGAAAACGCAAGGGUCGAUUUGAGAUUGAGCUGUAUUCAGUUUACAUUCUAAAACAGAAUGAUGAAUGAUACAUGCUUGUUAGCUGACAGAUAUUCAGAACCGUUGCUUCAGUCGCUUUGGGACCACUUACGCAAGAGACAAGUAUUAUUCCAGUCACCUCUGUUGGCCACAUGUGUCGCGUUUUGUGUCCACUUUCUUUUCUGCGUCCCGUAUUUGGUGCUUGAUUUACUCGGAAGCCGUUUCCAAUGGAUUUAUAACUAUAGGAUCGGUGGUAGGGCUUACGAAUCAUGUCACAUACGAAGAUGGCUUGACUGCCUUGGGAGAAUAUUCUUCAAGUACCUGACGGGUAUACUGCCGUCUAUUGCACUUUUUCAAAGCCUCCGAGAACCCAGUUUACCUGAAAAGGCGCCGUCUUGCUUCAUCGCUCUCACAGACAUAAUCCUGUGUCUGCUCCUCUUCGACACAUUUUUCUACAUGUGGCAUGUUUUAAUGCACUGGGUUCCAUGGCUGUUCCAGCAGGUUCACUGCACACAUCACCAGAACUAUGAGACGUUCGCCCUGGCUGCUCAGGAUGCCAGCAUAGCCGAGUUAGUCUCACUCCAGAUUCUGGCUCUUGGCAGUGCCGCACUGGUGCAAUGCCAUCCUUUGAGCGAGGCUCUCUUUCACCUGCUCAACACCUAUCUCGCCGUUGAAGACCAUUGUGGUUAUGACCUGCCAUGGGGGCCCAUUCACCUGCUCCCAUGUUUUAGUGGGGCGCAAUACCACCAGGCCCAUCACCAAAGGUACAAAGGUAACUAUGCACCAUACUUCAGACACUGGGACUGGAUAUUUGGGACAGAACUGACACAGACAGCGACAUGAAGCUCAUGUUCUGAAACAUUUUGGAAAGUUGCAUCCCGGUAUCCAUUUCUACUUUCUUGUACAUAAGGACCCAUGAGGUGUGACUGGUUGAACCUGAGCUUCUAUGGAGGGCACUGUGUGAUACUUGUAUCCUGUGUGGUACUUGUAUCCGUUUUCUGAACGUGGGUGCUGUCUUCAUCAAGGUCAUGCAAACGACAAGAACAACCAUGGAUACAACUUGAUGAAAACAAAUAGAAUGGCACAUUCAAGGACAUGCCUUCAUUAACUUACACUACUGGACCACAUUAUAAGGAGUUGGAAAAAUGUCAUGAGUUCACAGUCAUGUUGAGUGGUUAGAGAUGCUGGAGGAGGAGGAAGGAGGAGGAAUUAGGAAAUUGAGGACUUUCUCCUAUAAUGUGAUUUUAGUGUGUGAUGUUUGAAACAGGAGCUUAUGAGAAGAACUGGCCUUGGCUAACGCAAAGCACUUACAGGAAUAUUUUUUAAGGAUCAGUGUUGAACUGUCUGCCAAAUACUAGUGUUUUAUUGAUGUCCAAUAAAUAAUUGGAAGGUUUUAGUAUGUAGUGAAAGACAGAGUGCACAUUCAUUUGAUUUUAGUAGCUGAUCUUUAUUAUAUUGGUUUUAUUGCAUCUAUUUGUUUUAUAUGUGUAUAUAUUGGAUUUUAUGGGGUUUAUGGGAUAAAAGAGAGGAUUAUUUUUUUUACAAAUAAAUGUACCAUAAAAGUUAUAGUCCUUGCUUACAGUAUCGCAGUAAAUUGCAAUAUAUUGAAUCAUAACCCCUGUAUCAGGCCAGAUUCUUACCCAGCCCAACUCACAGAUUCUUACAAAGCCCUAAUGAAUGUAUCUGAUGUGUACACAGGGUUGGGUCAGAUAACUUUGAAAAGUAGUCACUGACUGAUUACAAAUUAUAUGUCAAUUUUGUAUUAGUUACGUAAUCAAUUGGACUCCCAACUCCAACUCAAGCUCCGGGCCACUCACUCCCUACUCACUUGUUCCUGCUCCAUUGCCUUCUAAGGUUACGUAUUUGCUCCAUAGUAUUUCCCAGGUUUAAGAUAUUUCUGAGUUUCUAGUUUUGUAGUUCCUAUGUUUGAAUUCUUCCCCGGACUGUUUUUGGUAAUUACGAAAAUCUUCUGAGCGUUGUGUCUUUGUUCCUAGUACAUUUAAGUUGUAUCAUCAGUCGUCUUCAGUUUACCUUUUGACUCUGUUUGCCUGUUAUCUGUUUCUGGCUGCCUCUGAAUAAACUCCGCUACCGAAAA